AAUUUUGCUGGUUUUCGCGCGUUUGGUGAUGCAUCCAGUGGUAUUUUUAUUUCGUGGAAGGUGCAGUUUCUAGCUAUUUUCACGUUUUAAACUAUAAAAUACUAGUGAAUCAUGGCUGCGAAGAGGAAAAGCCAAGCCCUCAUCGACUCAGACAGUAGUGGAAGCUCAGAGGAUAGUGGCUCCGAUCUAGAGAAUGGACUGCUGACACUCUCAAAGAAGAAAGUAACAAAACCCCAAAGUGAAUCAUCAGCUGCUGAGGAAGCUUCUGCAAAGAAAUCCUCGGAUUCUGAUUCAUUAGGUUCCGAUGACGAUUGGGGUGCAAAAGGUGGAAAAACAAAGAAAAAGAAAAAAGCUCCGGCCAAAAGAAAUAAGCGAAAGGUGACCAAAUCUAGCUCCGAAGAUAGUGACAGUGAAAAGGAAGAUGAAAAAGAAGAAGAAAUGAACGAAGCAUCAGCGAAAGAAAGUGAAGAUGAGGCCGAAGAUGAAGAGGCUAAAGUCUCAGAAUUAGAAGAAGGCGAAGUAUCGGAUUCGGAUGCAAGCGCUUCUGAAUCGAGCCAGGACGAAGAAUUCAAUGAUGGCUAUGACGAUAGACUAAUGGGAGACGAGGAGGAUCAAGCUCGCCUCGCUCAGAUGUCUGAAAAAGAGCGAGAACAGGAAAUAUUCAAGCGUAUAGAACAACGAGAAAUCAUGAAGACCAGGUUUGAAAUCGAGAGGAAACUUCGGAUGGUUCGAAAGCAGGAACAGAAGAAGCAUAAAGAGUCAAAGAAGAAAGAAAAGGGGUCUGAUGAAAAAGAAAAGAAAAUCGAACGAGCACCCGAUCCGAAAGAACGAAGCAAAGACAGGAAGAAAACGAUAGAGGAGAAGCAGGAUAAAAAAUUCCACGCGAUGUCCCUGCUUAAAGCGAGACGAGAAGAGAAGAAAGAACGAGAUGAAAAAGAGAAGCAAAGGAUAGAAGAGGAGCAAUCAAAAGCGAAAGAAGAAGAAGAGGAACUGGAUGAUGAUCACAAAGCUAAUAAAAUGAAACUCAAGGCCUCUGACAUUUACUCAGAUGACAGUAACUCGUCGGAUAGUGGAGAAGAAGAUGAAGCGGGAAAGAAAACUUCGAAUCGCAGAUUGUCUUCCAGCGACGACAAAGACUCAGAAUCGGAUGACAAUCGAUCGGUGAUGAGUGACAAAGCAAAGAAACCGAUUUAUAUAAGCACCAAUGCAGAACUGAACAAAAUCCGGCUAUCUCGUUACAAGAUGGAGAGAUUUGUGCAUCUGCCCUUCUUUUCUCGAGUCGCUCAGGGUUGCUAUGUGCGAAUCGGAAUUGGAAAUAACAGACACGGCACGCCCGUUUACAAAGUUGCAGAAAUCAGCGGCGUUGUCGAGACAGCCAAGAUUUACCAGUUGGGGAAAACGAGAACGAAUAAGGGCCUGAGACUUCGACAAGGCCUUUCCGAGCGCGUCUUCAGACUGGAAUUUAUCUCGAAUCAAGAAUUCACCGAGUCGGAGUUCUUCGAGUGGAAAAGGUUAUGUUCCACUCAGGGCGUGUCGCCUCCCACUUUUGAGGAGGUAGAGACGAAGAUCAAGGAUAUCAAGGAAGCGAUGUCGUAUGAAUUUAAGGAGGAGGACGUUGAGAGUAUAGUUCGGGAGAAAGGUAGAUUCAAACAAAAUCCGUAUAAUUAUGCGAUGAAGAAGGCUCAGUUGAUGAGAGAAAGGGAGGUAGCGAAUGGUCGAGGAGACAAUGAAGAGUCGAAUCGAUUGACGCAAGAAUUGUCUGAACUCGAAGAGAGAGCCUCCGAACUUGAUAAAAUGAGGACGGCGACGAUUUCGAGUAUUUCGUAUAUCAAUGAUCGAAAUAGGAAGAGGAACGUCGAGGGAGCCGAAAAAGCUAUUAAGGAGGAAAUAAGAGCAUCUAAAGGGAAAGAGGUAGACGAUCCAUUUACGCGACGUAGUACAAGACCGCGAAUGGUUUUCAAGCCAGAGGAGGAGGAGGUUCCUGUUCCUGUUGAUGAGGAUGUGCCUGCAGCACCUGAAAGGCCUAUGCCGGCAAAUUUAUAUUCUUCAAGCGACAAGGAAAAUGGACAGAAGGGUGUGAAGAAGCUGAGAACGGAAGACUUGUUUGACGCCCACAAUUUCGACAUUUCGAUUGAUUUGGAAGUUCCAAUCCCAAGUUCUACUAGCAUCUUACCUAAACCGACAAACUUUAUUAAGGACACCGGACCACGAAAAUCAUUAAAUUUAGACGCCUACAAGAAGAAACGUGGGCUCAUCUAACAUUACUUAAAUUAUUACCACCGAGAAAAAAAAUUAGAUGUAAUAAAAGUUGAAUUUAGGAGGUACGAUAUUUGCAGUAUUUGUAUUUCUGGAGAGGAAGACACUUGCUUCUGUUUUUUUUUUUUUUUUUUUUUAAUUUCCUAAUUUAUGCGUAAAUUAUGAAUCGUUUGAAUAAUUAAACGAUGCACUUAAGAUUAACCUCUUGUAGUAAAUCCAUUGACAAUACAGGGAAAAAAACUCAUUUCCUAUUGAACACACGUUUAAUUAUAUUAUUUUUAAUUAUAUGUUCAUUCACAUAUAAUUUCCUUCUUGAUAUACCGGAGAGGUAAAUAUAAUAAGAAAAUAUAGGCGUCAGUUGUGUCAAUUGUCACACGUUACAAUAAACAGGGUGGCCGCUGGAUCCGAAAAUUGGGAAUUUUUUGAGAAUGGGUAAUGACAGUUCAUUUUUUUACCGGUAAUUUUGCAAAUUUUUAGAUGAAAAAUCUAUCCAGUCAUUUGAAAUAUACAUUUCAUAUCCACAUGAUAUACUGCAUUUUGAAAUGAAUUUGAUUUCAACUUCUGUUGUGAAGUUUACAAUGCGGAAAUCUAAAAUAUUUUUCUUUAAAAACUUUCCAUUUUUGAUCUUCAUUUUCAAGCGUACUUUUAGAAUUUUAAGAGUUUAAAAAUGUUUUAAAGACUUGGAAGGCGAUGGUCAGGAUUAGGAUUUUUUUUUAAUAUAAAUUUCCACAUCGGUAUUUAUUGAAUGACUAUUAAUUUGCUGAAACAUUUUUAAAUAGCGACCCGUUUACGAAAAAAAAAAAAUUACUUUUU